AUGUUUAUCCCUGUUCUCAUCAUUUCCAGAAGAGAAGGGGUUGGCCUUUCCCCCAGGGGCAGCCUGUAGCGAUGUGGCAGCCGGGCCUCACCCGGCAGGGUUGUGCGUGACCCCCGAGUGGGGGAAGGAAGGCUGUUGCCAUGGUGGCCUGUGUGAGGCAAAUUCCUCCAGGGUGAAGUGGGAGAUAUUUAUACCCGGGGUCAGGAGAGAGCCGGCCAGCGGCCGAGGCCAGGGGAGCGGGAUAUUACACGGACACAGCGAGGCCCUGUGUGUGGGCAGGUGGCCCUUGGGCAUGUCUUGGGCUGCAGCGUCGCUCACCCCUCACCGCGUGCAUCUGUCUCUCCACCUGGGUGGGGUGAGCCAUCCUGCUCUUCCCACGGGGACGAUGGCACCUCUCCACCACAUCUUGGUUCUCUGUGUGGGUUUUCUCACCACGGCCACCGCAGAAGCGCCACAGGAACACGACCCGUUCACCUACGACUACCAAUCCCUGCGGAUCGGAGGCCUCAUCAUCGCCGGGAUCCUCUUCAUCCUCGGUAUCCUCAUCAUCCUGAGCAGAAGGUGCCGGUGCAAAUUCAACCAGCAGCAGAGGACUGGGGAACCUGAUGAAGAGGAGGGAACUUUCCGCAGCUCCAUCCGCCGUCUGUCCACCCGCAGGCGGUAGAGACACCUGGCGCGAUGGAACCCAGCCAGGAUUCCCCUGGCGCCUGAUGCCUCCCACCCACACCUGUGCGCCCACCGCCACCUGGACUGCCCUCUUCCCCAGCCCUGCCCCCGCAGGCUCCUCUCUGCCGCCCAGACUUCAAUAAAACGUGCUUUUCUCUCUUGA